AUGCGCGACUUGGUUGCGGAUGUGGAGCAUUUGCAGCGGCUCAAGACUCUAACCAUCCAGCGCUGCAGGGAUAUCACGUCUCUGCCCGUGUCUCUUCCCCGCCUGCCUGCGCUGACCGAACUCAACCUUGAGAUGGGACAACUUUCAGCGCUGCCCGAAGAUUUCGGGCAGUUGUCAGUGCUCCGGUCACUCGUGCUGGACAUGAUGAGCCUCACAGCCUUACCCGAUUCCAUCGCCCUGAUUACCACUCUUCAAAAGCUUUCUCUGAAUAAUUUUUGGCAUCUGACGAUUCUGCCCCAGGAGUUUGGCCAGCUGGUUUCUUUGGAAAAGUUGACCCUGAGAGGCCUUCACGAGCUCACACAGCUGCCUGAAACAUUUGGGCAGUUGACAGCUCUCCGGGAGCUAACACUACUGGACUGUAAGCAGCUGAAGCAGCUCCCGGACGCCCUAUCCCAGCUGUCGUCACUCGAAGACCUCCAUGUCUACUCUUGCCCGCUCCUCACGGGGCUGCCGGUCGAGAUGGGAAAGGGCAUGCACUCCUUGCGCCAUGUACAUCUAUCGGACACGGCACUCACCCGCCUCCCUCCAUCCUUCUCCGAGCUCACGUCUCUCGAAACGCUCACGAUUCGAAACGCGAAGCACUUCAGAGGCGCGCUGCUAGACGGCUUUGGGUGCUUGAAGAGCCUCAAGGAGCUGUCGCUCGACACCCUGCCACGCCUGUCCGCCCUUCCGGCUUCCUUCUCAGGCAUUGAUUCUCUCAUCCGACUGCAAGUCGGCAACUGCCCUAAUGUAACGGUCCUGCCAGAGGAAAUCGAACGGCUGAGGGCGCUCGAGGAGGUCAGGAUCUUUGGAAUGGGCGCUCUGAUGUUUCUCCCUUCGUCGCUUCUUGAGCUGCCCUGUCUUCGAUCGCUGAAAGUGCGGGCGUGCGGUGCGCUAAGGGCGGUUCUAGGGGAUGAGGAGGUGUACAUACGUACUGCCAAAGGCUUUAUGAUCACCACCGGCAGCACGAGCAGCAGCCUCGCAUUGCUUCCUUCCCUUGAGAGCUUCAAGAUGAAGGUUCUCAGUGUUGAGACCUUUGGUCCAUCCCUCGGUCGCAUGUCCGCUUUGACGCAGCUGAAGCUGGUUCAACUCAAUGCAAUGCAGCAGCUGCCCAAGUCUAUCGGGCAGCUGAAGAUGCUCGAGACGCUGGAGAUUAGCGACUGCUUCAAGCUGACGCAGCUUCCAGAGUCAUUUGUGAAUCUAUCCAAGCUGCAAUCCUGCUCUCUUGUCAAGGUUGGAAUCUCAGUCAUUCCAGCUGACAUCUGCAAGCUUUCUUCCCUUGAGAAGUUGCAGAUCAUGGGACUGACGCAGCUGCAGAGCUUGCCAAAUUCCAUUACUCGGCUGCCUAAGCUUGCGGAGCUGGAGGUGCACGCAUGCAAGAAUAUGUAA